AUGUCCCUCAAUGAGAUCAAGGGUCGGCUUGCCCUCAUCACCGGCGCAUCGGGAGGAAUCGGGGCAGCCUGCUCACACCAGCUUGCCCAACAUGGAGUCCAUCUCGCAUUAACAUACGCGACCAAUCUAACCGCCAUGAAUGCGCUGGUGGCCGAAUUGCAGAGCAAAUACGCCGAGAACAAGCUCCGCAUCUCGAUCCACAAGGUGGACGUCGGCUCUGCUGACGAUAUUGAGACAAUGUUUCAGCAAAUCGACACAGAGCACGGCCAUCGACCUGAUAUCCUGGUGUCGAAUGCCGGUUACGGAAAACGAGUACCCAAUAUUUGGGACUGCACCCUUGAGGAAUUCGACUACACUCUCCAAGUCAAUCUGCGCGCAUCUUUCAUUUUGGUCAAGGGUGUUGUAGAGCGCAUGAAGAGCCAGAAUUGGGGCCGUAUUGUGUUUAUGUCCUCGAUUGCUGCUCAAGGCGGAGGUAUCAAUGGAUGCCAUUACGCCGCCUCCAAAGGUGGCUUGACCGGCAUGAUGAAAAACCUUUCUACCCGCCUGGCUGAGUUCAAUAUCAGUGUUAAUGAUGUCGCUCCUGCCAUGAUCGGGGACACCGGGAUGAUUCCUAAUGCUGCGGCUAUUCCUGAGGUGGCGGCUGGUAUUCCCAUUGGUCGUCUUGGGACGCCCGAAGAGACGGCUAAUGUUGUGACUAUGCUUGUGAAAACGGGCUACAUGACUGGCCAGAGUCUUUUGCUGGCUGGAGGCUUAAAAUGA